AAUGACAGCUGCUCCCCAUCACUUGCAUACAUUACCGCCUGAGCUCCACCUCCUGUCAGAUCCGCAGCAGCAUUAGAUUCUCAUAGGAGCAAGAACCGUAUCGUGAACUGCUUGUGUGAGGGAUCUAGGUUAUGCUCUCCUUAUGAGAAUCUAAUGCCUGAUGAUUGGUCACUGUCUCCCAUCACCCCCACAUGGGACUGUCUAGUUGCAGGAAAACAAGCCCAAGGCUCUUGCUGAUUCUACCUUAUAAUGAAUUGUAUAAUUCUUUUGUUAUAUAUUGCAAUAUAAUAAUAAUAGAAAUGAAGUGCACAAUAAAUGCAAUGCGCUUGAAUCAUCCCCAAACCAUCCCCAACUCCACCCGUCCACGUCUUCCACAAAACUGAUCCCUGGUGCCAAAAAAGGUUGGGGACCACUGUUUACCAGAAUACAUAGCGUGGGUUUAUAAAUUCCCUAUCUUUGCAGCACAUCCUUUAUUUCUGGCUUGCAUGGGACUUGAAAGCCUAAAACAAACUAAAUGCUAAGAAAAAUUGUUUUUAAAAUUAUGACAAAUUUUUUUUAUUUCAGAUAUAUAGAUCUGCAGUCCAGAACUAUGAAUUUUUUUCAGUUGAGUAGUCUGCCAAAAAAUAAAUAAAUAAAUAAAUAAAUAAAUAAAUAAAUAAAUAAAAACUUGCCUAUGUUUCUUCUCGUACAUUUUAUUUAGGAUUUGCCCUUAGACAUUAUUUAGUGCUUUUCUGACAUUGUAGGGAAAGUGAGAAUAACUGAAACACUAGUUUCUUAAAAUUUCUGUUAAAAUUGGUUAAAGGCCAUAGAACCUUUUUUUUUUUUUUAAGUUAAGCAUGUUAUUGAGAGAGGUAUCCUAUAAGAAGUAAGGGGCAGGUAAAGAUUUUAGAGAUGUGUAGUCCAGUAUAUUAAUUAGAGGGGACUACCUAUUUCUAAUCCGGAAUUACUCAUCUUUUCUGAUAUAUCUGUUAAAGUACUCUUAGCAUAUUUUAAGAAAAUUGGCAUUUUAAAGUAUAGUCUUUGAUGGUAAAAAUGUGAGGUUGACAAAAAUCAUGUCCUCUUAUAUGUAUGAAUUUAGUCUUCUUUAUACAAUUCUUCCUAUGAUGGAAUCUAAAACACAAAUGUCUUCAAAACUUUUAGUCUACUUUGGUUACAUGUGUUUAUUAGCUUAUUGUUCACCGAAUAGAUUAAUGGCAAAAAAAAGUAUAAAUUUUAAUAUUUCUACCUUUCUGGCUUGAUGAGGUCUACAGCAUUAAUUUCUGACUGGUUAAUGCAAACUGGGAUUCCUGUUGUCCUAAGAAAAUCUGGGAAGUUAAAUCAGUAACACAAACACAUCUUUUGAUUUAUUUCAGGACCACAUAAACCCAUUUUGAAUUAUUCAACCAUUGCUCAACAUCUUGAGUAUGUGUAAUUAAGAGGUGACUAUAACUGGAAUGUUCUUAAGACUUUAAGUUGAUUAUAAAAUUUUGUGCUUAAUGUUGGCAAUAAUAAAAACAAAACAAAAACUUUUAUUUUAAAACACAGUCUUGCUCUGUCACCCGGGCUGGAAUGCAGGGAAGUCAUCAUACUUCAUUACAGCCUGAAUAUCCCAGGCUCAAGCAGUCCUCCCACCUCAACCUCCUGAGUAGUUGGGACUACAGGCACAUGCCACCAUGCUUGGCUAAUUUUUUUUUUAGUAGAGACAGUGUCUCUCCAUGUUGCCCAGGCUGGUCUUAAACUUCUGGACUCAAGUGAUCCUCCUGCCUCAGCUUCCCAAAAUACUGGCAUUAUAGGCAAGAGCCACCACACCUGGCCAAAAAAUAAUUCUGAAACAGCAGGGAGGAAGGUGGUUUCUUCUCAGGAAUUCUAGAUUUUAGUUGAGCAUGUAAAGGGAUCGGUUGACUUACUAACCACUUAGGAUCGCACAGUAAGAGAAUUUAGUUAAAGGGUAGCCAGCAUGGGAAUGGGCCUGGGAAGAGGAAGGGCAGUUUGUGUUAAUGUGCGUGGGUCCAAGAAAAAAAUGUUGGGUAACAGAGUUUUGCCUAAUGCAUUGUUGCUAAAAGGGAUGAAGGGCAUCAGGAUCUACAGGAGAUGGAAAAAGUAGUGACUGGAUAGUACUGGGAAAAACUAGAAUCGGAUCAAGGCACUGGAAGGCAGAAUUACUAGGUAGAAUGUUUGCUGCUAUUUAAGUUUCUGUAUAAAUACCAAGUACAACGUUUCACUUGGGUGGUCAAGGUGCUAUGGCUGUGACGACUCCUGAGAGUGAGUUUUCUAGUAAAAAAAAAAAAAAAAUCUCCAAAUGCACAGAAUAGUCUCAGGCCUUCUCAAAUUUGCAAAGAACAGGUCCACAAGACCUAAAUUGCAGUAGUGUAACCUGAUACUUAACAUUUUUUGCUUUCCUGCUAGAACAUUCCUGGGGCCUAAGUCCGGAGACUGGGAACUGAACCACGCAUUUCCUUUAGAUUGUGCAAGUUGUGAAGGUUGAUGUUAUUAGCUUGGUUACUAUUUGGAGUCUUAGCUCAUAGUGUGUCUUUAUGGCUUUCUGCCUCACUGGACCCUCUUCCCAAAAGGCUUUAGAAUGUGUUCACCAUCAUGAGCUGACCAACAAUUUCUAAAUUCCUGCUCAGAAACACAGCAAGGGGAAUGCAGUCAAGCACAAAGGGCUUAAAUGACCAGAACUGUUUUAAUCAUGGACAAACAAAACACACAGAUGAAUGCUUCUCACCCUGAAACAAACUUGCCAGUUGGGUAUCCUCCUCAGUAUCCACCGACAGCGUUCCAAGGACCUCCAGGAUAUAAUGGCUACCCUGGGCCCCAGGUUGGCUACCCACCCCCACCAGCUGGCCAUUCAGGUCCUGGCCCAGCUGGCUUUCCUGUCCCAAAUCAGCCAAUGUAUAAUCAGCCAGUAUAUAAUCAGCCAGGUGGAGCUGCAGGGAUACCAUGGAUGCCAGCACCACCGCCUCCAUUAAACUGUCCACCUGGAUUAGAAUAUUUAAGUCAGAUAGAUCAGAUACUGAUUCAUCAGCAGAUUGAACUUCUGGAAGUUUUAACAGGUUUUGAAACUAAUAACAAAUAUGAAAUUAAGAACAGCUUUGGACAGAGGGUUUACUUUGCAGCAGAAGAUACUGAUUGCUGUACCCGAAAUUGCUGUGGGCCAUCUAGACCUUUUACCCUGAGGAUUAUUGAUAAUAUGGGUCGAGAAGUCAUAACUCUGGAGAGACCACUAAGAUGUAACAGCUGCUGUUGUCCCUGCUGCCUUCAGGAGAUAGAAAUCCAAGCUCCUCCUGGUGUACCAGUAGGUUAUGUUAUUCAGACCUGGCACCCAUGUCUACCAAAGUUUACAAUUCAAAAUGAGAAAAGAGAGGAUGUACUAAAAAUAAGUGGUCCAUGUGUUGUGUGCAGCUGUUGUGGAGAUGUUGAUUUUGAGAUUAAAUCUCUUGAUGAACAGUGUGUGGUUGGCAAAAUUUCCAAGCACUGGACUGGAAUUUUGAGAGAGGCAUUUACAGAUGCUGAUAACUUUGGAAUCCAGUUCCCUUUAGACCUUGAUGUUAAAAUGAAAGCUGUAAUGAUUGGUGCCUGUUUCCUCAUUGAUUUCAUGUUUUUUGAAAGCACUGGCAGCCAGGAACAAAAAUCAGGAGUGUGGUAGUGGAUUAGUGAAAGUCUCUUCAGGAAAUCUGAAGUCCGUAAAUUGAUUGAGACUAUCUAAACUCAUACCUGUGUGAAUUAAGCUGUAAUGCCUGUAGCUCUGGUUGUAUACUUUUGCUUUUCAAAUUAUAGUUUAUCUUCUGUAUAACUGAUUUAUAAAGGUUUUUGUACAUUUUUUAAUACUCAUUGUGAAUUUGAGAAAAAGGACAUCUGAGUUUUUGCAUUUAUUAAUGAAACUUCCUAUAAAAAACUGCUUUGAAUUAUGAUCUCUGAUCCACUGUCCAUUUUACUACCGAAUAUUAACUAAGGCCUUAUUAAUUUUUAUAUAAAUUAUAUUUUAAAUCUAGUUACAAUUUAUUUCAUGCAUAAUAGCUAAUGUUAUUUUGCAAAUGCCAUAUAUUCAAAAAAGUUCAAAGAUAAUUUUCUUUACUGUUAUGUUCAAAUAAUAUUCAAUAUGUAUAUUAUCUUUAAAAAGUUAAAUGUAUUUUUUUAAUCUUCAAGAAAUCAUGCUACACUUAACUUCUCCUAGAAGCUAAGCUGUACCAUAAAUGAUACAUUCAUGUUCACAAGAUAUUAAAUUACCAGUUUUUAAAUUAUUGUUAAAUAAAGAACAAAAUAAAGAACAAAAUGAUUCUUGUCCAAAGAAAGGCACAUUUUAAACACUCCUUCACUCUAAAACUCGUACUAUUAUAAAUUUUGAAAGUUAAUAUUUAUAUAUGAAAUGUAUAGCUUUUAUACUCUAUCCUUUCUAGAAAAUGGUAAUUUUCAGAUGUUAAUUAAAUAUAAUAUUAUAUAUAUAUAUAUUCACAGAAAAUAAACCUAAAUAAUGAUCUAUUAGAUUCAAAUAUUUAAAAUAAAAACUUGAUUUUUUUGUA